GGAAAGAGAGAUCCUGAGAGCUCCCUGCACAGCAGGUGAUGUAACGGUACAUGAGAAAGAGGAGCAGAAUUCUCAGCCGGAAAAUGUUGAGCAAGUGGAUAAACACAGAGAAUUAUCGCAAAGAUCGAAAAGGAAUGUGUCCAGGAGUCAUGAGCAGGGAAAAUCCAGUGAGAUUCGGCACAGACCAGAAAGAGAGCAAGGAAACCAGCCAGGGGAGAAAGUGGGUACAUUUAUUUCCUGUCGGGGAACUCAGAAGGCCCUCAGGGAAACCACGACCCAGCAGGAAAUCCUCAUGGGAAAAAGAAAAAAUACAUGCAUUGAGUGUGGGAAAAAUUUAAGUGACUACUCAGCCCUUAUAAAGCAUCAGAGAAUCCACACAGGGGAGAGGCCCUAUGAAUGCCGUGAGUGCAAAAAAGGCUUCACUAGCAGCUCAGACCUUUCUAAACAUCAGAGAAUCCACACAGGAGAGAGACCCUAUGAAUGCAGUGAGUGUGGGAAAAACUUCACUCACAGAUCAAGCCUUUCUGUUCAUCUGCGAAUCCACACAGGGGAGAGGCCCUACAAAUGCAGUGAGUGUGGGAAAAGCUUCGCUAGCAGCUCACAUCUUUCUAAACACCAGAGAAUCCACACUGAUGAAAGGCCCUACGAAUGCAGUGAGUGUGGGAAAAGCUUCACUCAAAGAUCAGGCCUUUUUCAGCAUCAGAAAAUCCACACAAAGGAGAAGCCCUAUGAAUGCAGUGAGUGUGGGAAAACCUUCAGUCGCAGCUCGCACCUUAUUACUCAUCACAGAAUCCACACAGGAGAGAAGCCCUACGAAUGCAGUGAGUGUGGGAAAAACUUCACUCACAAAUCAGCCCUUUCUGUUCAUGAGAGAAUCCACACUGGGGAGAGGCCCUACAAAUGCAGUGAGUGUGGGAUAAGCUUCACUAGCAGCUCACAUCUUUCUAAACAUCAGAGAAUCCAUACAGAUGAGAGGCCUUAUGAAUGCAAUGAGUGUGGGAAAAGCUUCACUCAAAGAUCAGCCCUUUUUCAACAUCAGAGAAUCCACACAGGGGAGAGGCCCUAUGAAUGCCGUGAGUGUGGGGAAACCUUCAAUCGCAGCUCGCACCUUAUAACUCAUCAGAGGAUCCACACAGGAGAGAGGCCCUACGAAUGCAGUGAGUGUGGGGAAAGCUUCAUUCAAAGAUCAGGCCUUCUCCACCAUCAGAGAAACCACACAGGGGAGAGGCCCUAUGAAUGCUAUGAGUGUGGAAAAUGCUUCACCAGAAGCUCAGCCCUUUCUGUUCAUCAGAGAAUCCACACAGGGGAGAGGCCCUAUGAAUGCAGUGAGUGUGGGAAAAGCUUCACUCACAGAUCAACCCUUUCUGUUCAUCAGAAAAUCCACACAGGGGACAGGCCCUAUGAAUGCAGUGAGUAUGGGAAUACAUUCUCUUGGAACUCAGCCCAGGUUAGCCAUCACAGAAUCUGCAAGGGACAUCAACACCAUAAAAACCUCUAGGGCUAUCCGUACUUUUUUUUUUCUUUGAUACCUUUCCUGAUUGCCAAAUACUAACUUUUGAAGCUGUUUGAACUGUUUGCAGCACCGUUAUCCCUCAGCUUGUCCAGAUGAGUGGCCCAUUUUUGCCUUUUGCAGUUUGCCCUCUUUUGAGGUGGACCUAUUUGUCCUUUCUAUGAUCCCACAAGUAAUUUGAGUGUGCCCUUCCUAUCAGAAACCAGGGAGCAUCACAUUUAUACCAUUCCUCCUAUUGGAAAGUUAUUGUUAGAGUCACCAAUGAUACAGAUUGUAUUAUUUCCAGUUGUUCUCACGUUGCUCUGGGUUGUGCUGAAGAGCAGUUAUAUUGGGAACUUUUCAUAUUACAUGUAAAUGAAGAGGAGCAGGGGCACUGGAAGAGAUGGGGUGACUCAGAGAUUCCCUCCUUCCCCAUCACUGCAGAACUGUUACCUUUUGCCUGAGCUGUGUAGAGUUUAUGUUCAUCACAUUCUAUCCAUCCACUUCUCAAAGUGUCACGUGAUGAAGCAUUCUCCAUUGUCUGUGAUUGGAGAUGAUGCUUUGACAUCUUUAAUCCUAUAUCAGUCGCUAUGACUGGAGAUGAAAGUGUCAAAGACUUGGUAGGGGAAUUCAAAUGGAUCCCAAACACAGUGUGAUCAUUUGGAGUUUAAAUCCCAGGUUCCAUCUAUUGGUAAAGCUACUUCUGGCAAGGUGACUGUUUCCCCCUCAUUAUGGGGAUGCUAGGAUACUAAAAAGUUUGUAAAUAACAUAUCUGGCUAUUGGCACAGUGCUGAGUGAAGUAUCUUUGAAUGGAUCAGAGACUGUGAUGGGAGAAUCUCUUCUCCUGAUUCUGAGUCAUCAGAUGUAACCUGCUCUGGAAUUUCACUUGACACUUUCAUUGUCAUGUGUUCUCUCUCUCUCUCUGUGAUGUGGGUUUCUAUCUUUCCUGGAGGCUUUUUCGUCACCCAAUUGGAUAUUAGUUCAGUCUGAUAGGAUGUAGCUCAGAUUUAUUGGAGACUUUAAGAUAAGUGACCAUUUGAUAAGGUCCUCUUUUAUCAUUUCACCUUUGCUUUUUCCCCACCCCUCCAUGAUGACAUGGAAAAAGUUGAAGUGCAGUUCUGUCAACAGGAGAGAACUCUCCAAUUUACUGGACAUGCUAACAAAGACACAGCAGUGAUUUAAAAUCUCCACUCGGAAACGGUGAACAACUGCAGAACCCCAACAAAUUGAAGGAAGUGCAUAUGAGCUGAAUGUAAUUGAAUUGUUGAAGUCAAUAUUGUCUCAGAUGAUCUGGGGAGAGAAUUCCAUGAUAAGUUAUUUUGAACUGGGCAGAAUGCCCAUGUGUUUGGUUCCCAAAGCAUUUAUAACUCAGGCCCUCCAGAAGAUCUCUCCUAGCUAAUCCUAUGGUAUGAGAAAUGCAGCCCUUCGUGAUGUAGAUGUUGAGAAAUAGAAGUGGGAUUUUUGUUGAAUUUAUUCUUUGUAGGUGCUAAAGAUGUGUAUAAAAUGAAAUUGGUGUUGAAAAUGUAAUAGCUUCAGAAAAAUAGCAAUUUUUGAAUAGAAACUCCAGCUCUGGUAACUAACGGAGUUUCUGAUCCAGGCCUGCAUCCAGUUCAUGGCCUGGACCUGUGCCACCGAAUUAAAGAAAAGCUGGACAUGUUUCGUGAAGCCAUUCCUCACUAACACUGCUGAGAUUUUGAGUGGUUUUGUAAAGGAUUCUUCUUCAGAGAAGUGUAAAUUUACCCUAACUAAGGCCAAGGAUUUGGAAAGAACUGGGGUGGAAAAAGUCCACACUCAGUUCUUGGUUUUCACCCCAGUAAAGGAAGCUUUGGUGACCAAUGAUCCAAGGAACAUUGUUUGUAGAACUCCACUUCCUAGUUCAGAGUCACUGAUUACACUUCCAAAGGAUGUCAGAGUUAGACUGAGAACAAUCAUCCUUCACAGUUUGGCUCCAAAGAGAGAGAGCUUCAUACGACAUUCCUUCCCCAUGGAUCCAAAACUGGCUGCCUGAUUAGGUAACAAGCACUUUCAGGCUGUAGAAAUGAUGGUAACCAACGAGAUGAUGAAUUUGUCAGCCUCCAAUUUCAGACUUCCGGAUACAUGCAUAUUGAGCCCUGCUUCUAUGGUUUUGUUGUUGCAGCUGCACCAAUGUAGCUGCGCUGCUAUAGCACUACUAUUAUGUACACUCUAAGCCAAUGGGAGAGAUAUCUCUGGUCGGACUUUAGUCCAGCCCCCACAAGCGGCGGUGGCUAUGUUGACAGGAGAAGGUCUUCCCUGAUGUAGCACUAUCUACACAGGGGGUUAGGGCUGUGUAACUGCGUUGCUCAGCUGUGUGGAUUUUUCACAACCCUGAGCAAUAUAGUUAUCCCGAUAAAUGUCUUUAGUGUAGACCAGAUCUUAGUUUUCUCUUGUGCUUUAUCCACUUACAUUACUCCUCUACUUUGAAAGAUUAAAAAGUGUGAAAAAAGUAUCUUUCCUCAUGAUGCAGACAUUCCCACAUAGGAGACCCCUUCCACCAACACACAUGGCAGAAGAUCCUGAGAUAUAUGAACUUACAGAAGUGUUUGGGGCCUAUGCUGGGACAAACCACAAUUUGAGCCAAGGUUCAGUUGUUGGCAAUGGGGAUUAAAAGAAAACUAACAUACAUGACAAGAAUUUGUGAUCUUUGAAUAUGUUCCUGUUACCAAUGGAAAUGAAAUUUUAGGUGAAGUUAUUAGUUAAAGAGUAAGAG